AUGAUUUAUCUUCACCAAGGGACCGCACCUUCAUCUCCAAUGAGCCAGAACUACCACUGCGAGUGCGGAGCUGCCAUCAGCCAGCAAAUCAACCUGGAGCUCCAUGUCUCUUACACCUACCUCGCGAUGGCACAUCACUUUGCCUGCAAAGAUGUGGCCCUGAAGAACUUCGCCGACUACUUCAUGCAGCAGUCUUACAUGCAGCGCCAGCACGUGGAGACACUGUUGCAGCUGCAGAACCAGAAUGGAGGCUGCAUCCAAUUCCGUGACAUCACAAAGCCUGAGGAGGACCACUGGGGCAGCCUGCUAUCCGCCAUGGGGCACCACCUCCACCUGCAGCAGAGCAUCCACCUGAGCCUGCAGGACUUGCACUGGACGGCCGGUGAACUGGGCGUCAUGCAGCUGUGUGACUUCCUGGAGAGCCAGUGUCUGAACCCGCAAAGCAGGGAAAUCGAAGCGCUAGGUGUCCACGCGUCCAACGUGCACAAUCUGCGGGGCCGGGAAAACCGCCUGACUGAGUACCGCUUUGACACCUGCCACUGGGAUGACGGCAACCAGGAGAAAUGCCCUGGAGAUAAAAGAGUCUCAGAAUCCCAGGUGCCAAGCAAGCAUGCAGCAAGUACAGUAAGUUAA